AUGGAAAGACUCCCGGAGGAGAUCUUGAUUGAUAUCCUCGACUACCUUGAGCCCGAAGAAUUGGUAUCCCUGCAGCGGACAUGCGUGGCUCUGGCCAAAACCGCCCGCGCAAAUCCUCUGUGGAGAUACAAAUGCUUCGAGAAAUCUCCAAGUGCCUCGAUAAGACGUAAUGCCGGUACCUUGAACAUGAUAACAAAUGCAUUGCAAAGUCUGACUAUUUCAGAUCAACCUGGGCGACGGCAGUCUCCUUCCAGGCACACCAAUGCCUCGGAACAAUCAUUUCGAGAGAGCCAGAGGGCCCGCGCGGUCAAUCAAUGGGACCUGUCUGGCAAAAACGAACAAGUCGACUGGUACUCGGAAUACAAAGGCAGACACGCGCCUUUGAACACCCAUUGGCUGAUGUGCCCGUCCUUGAAAGACUUGGAAAUCAGAGGCAUUGCUUCUCUAGACGGGUCUAAUCAGGCCGUGGGGUACCUGGAAGACUCGAGCAUCUGCAUCUGGGACCUCAGUAAGGACUCGUUGGGGAGGAGGCGAUUUCGCGAACUCGGCCGAAGCAAGCCAUCGACGUUGUUCGCCGAUGCUGUGCAACCAGAUGAAUCGCUAGUUGUCGACUGCGUAAGCACUUUCCCGGCGCAGCAAAAGGCAUUUGUCGCAGUCGGGAAUAUCCUCAAUGAGGUCGACCUCAGCAUCCUCAAGGUCGUCUCAAGUGUCAAGUACAAGUACCCGAUAACGGCAUUGUCUCAAUCAACGUCGCCGGACUUACCUCUGACAAUAGGCACGCAAUGGAGUCUCCAUAUCCUCGACCCUCGAAUUCCGAGCACUGCCCUUUCCAGCGAGUCCUUGCGUGAACGCGUGGAUGAAGUCCCAGGCCGUUCGACAGCCAUUCUUCCAGACUUCUCACAUUCCCGGAAUCCCCAUCCCCUCCCACCGACCUAUCCCAGACCGAGGCCGAACGGAAUCUCAGAUACAACUUCGCGUGACCCAUACCGGUCUGCAAGCCAUCAUUGGAUGGCCUACGCCAAAGUCGAACCCGGACCGUUAUCGAUCCUACACCAUUCGGACAAUGAGAUCCUCAUUGCCGGCCGGUUUCCCAGCAUUUUAUCCUACGACCGACGCUACUUCCCUCGUCUCCAAUACGUCAUCCACUCCGGCGGUAGCCUUUCGGCAUUGACCUCGAUCCCUUACCCGCCAGCUGGAGCUGGGCCUGGAAGCGGAGCGACUUCGACGCUGGUUGCAUGCGGCGAGUACCGAGGCCGCGGAUCUCUCGAACUAUAUUCACUACCUCAUAGCAAAGGCAAUAAUACUAACAGCAACGCCAACGGCACCUUUUCUUCCACAUCAUCGUCCGAAGGAGAAGAAGGAGAACCCGACUUUCCAAUGGACUACAAUUCCGAGUCCAAGGAGGACUCAUCGUCGCUGUUCAGCUACAAAAACCGACAAGAGGCAGCCAAAUCCAAACUACUGUCUGUGGCAUCGCACGGGACCAAGAUUGUCUUUUCCGACUCCGAAGGUGGCUUGAAGUGGGUCGAGCGCGACGGCCGCAGCCUCGUGCGCAAAUGGAACAUCAACAAUUUCCAGACCAGCCCUACCGGUGGCUCCAUCAAUGGCGACCAAGUUGCGCGCAAAAUCAUCCCGCUCAACGUCCCGGACUCGGAGCGCGGCCGUCGCGGCGAUGCCGAUCUGUUGGUCUGGACGGGCGAGCGCAUCGGCAUCGUCAGCACGAAUCCGCAGUUCGCCGACCAUGAAGAACUCAUCAGGGAGUUGGAGGAGGGCGAGGAUACCGCUGAACGUGAGGAGCGCGAGCGCGCGGAGAUCUACUCGAAGACCAUGCGGCAGGCGCUCGAAAGGCAGGCGGACGAGAGGAGGUGGAUGAGUCAGUUUCGGUUGAAGAGGCACUAA